UCUUGUCCCGUUCCUAUUGGCCCGGCGGGGCGGCGCGUGCGGGGGGACCCGGAAGCGACGGCGCGAGGCGGUUUCCUUGGCUACGCCACAGGAAAGCGGAGGGCCGGUCCCUUCCGCCUGUGCGUCGGUGCUGGGAGCCGCGGCCGCCGCGCCGGGAGGGGCGGGCAGCGGGCGAGAUGGGCCGGAGCCGGGCCUAGCGGCAGCGGGCAGGCGGCCGCGGCCAUGAGCGGAGCUGCGGGCUGCCAGGGGGGCGGUGGCGGCGGCGAGCGGGGGCACCGCUGGAGGAGGCCGUGGAAGCUCCUGGCCCUUGGCCUGCUCUCCGCCUCCUCCGUGCUGGCGGCCGCCCCGGGCGCCGGGGCCAUGAGCAAGGAGGAGAAGCGCCGGUUGGGAAACCAAGUGCUCGAAAUGUUUGAUCAUGCAUAUAGCAAUUAUAUGGAGCAUGCGUAUCCAGCUGAUGAACUCAUGCCUUUAACUUGUCGUGGACGAGUACGGGGUCAGGAACCAAGUCGAGGGGAUGUGGAUGAUGCCUUGGGAAAAUUUUCACUGACCUUGAUUGAUACCUUGGACACUCUUGUGGUGUUAAAUAAAACCAAAGAGUUUGAAGAGGCUGUAAAAAAAGUAAUAAAGGAUGUUAAUUUAGAUAACGACAUAGUUGUAUCUGUCUUUGAAACCAACAUAAGAGUCCUUGGAGGUCUCCUAGGUGGGCAUUCAGUAGCAAUUAUGCUGAAAGAAAAAGGUGAAUAUAUGCAGUGGUACAAUGGUGAACUUCUGCACAUGGCAAAGGAACUAGGCUACAAGCUUUUACCUGCUUUUAACACCACUAGCGGUCUCCCUUAUCCAAGAGUUAACUUAAAAUUUGGUGUAAGACAUCCAGAAGCACGAACAGGAACAGAAACUGAUACCUGUACAGCUUGUGCGGGUACCUUGAUCCUUGAGUUUGCAGCUUUAAGCCGAUUCACGGGAACAUCUAUAUUUGAGGAGUAUGCACGAAAAGCGCUUGAUUUUAUUUGGGAAAAGAGACAACGCAGCAGCAAUUUAGUGGGCGUUACUAUAAACAUUCAUACUGGAGACUGGGUCCGCAAAGAUAGUGGAGUUGGAGCAGGAAUAGAUUCAUAUUAUGAAUAUUUGUUAAAAGCCUAUGUCUUGCUGGGAGAUGACAGUUUCCUGGAAAGAUUUAACACGCACUACGAUGCCAUAAUGAGAUACAUUAGCCAACCACCUCUUCUUCUUGAUGUUCAUAUUCAUAAACCAAUGCUAAAUGCUAGGACCUGGAUGGAUUCUUUGCUAGCUUUCUUCCCUGGAUUGCAGGUGCUGAAGGGUGAUAUUAGACCUGCUAUUGAAACUCAUGAGAUGCUGUAUCAGGUUAUAAAAAAGCAUAACUUUCUUCCAGAGGCAUUCACAACAGACUUUAGAGUUCACUGGGCUCAGCAUCCUUUAAGGCCUGAAUUUGCUGAAAGCACUUACUUCUUGUAUAAAGCUACUGGUGACCCUUACUAUCUAGAAGUAGGAAAAACACUCAUUGAAAACUUGAACAAGUAUGCAAGAGUACCUUGUGGGUUUGCUGCAAUGAAGGAUGUUCGUACAGGAAGUCAUGAAGACAGAAUGGACUCUUUCUUUCUGGCUGAGAUGUUUAAAUAUCUUUAUCUGCUGUUUGCUGAUAAGGAAGACAUGAUUUUUGACAUUGAAGAUUAUAUCUUUACUACAGAAGCUCAUCUAUUACCACUUUGGCUUUCCACCACAAACCAAACUAUCUCUAAAAAAAAUACAACUACAGAAUACACAGAGCUGGAUGACAGCAACUUUGACUGGACCUGUCCAAACACCCAGAUUCUUUUCCCAAAUGACCCUAUGUUUGCUCAAAGUAUUCGUGAACCUUUGAAAAAUGUGGUGGAUAAGAGCUGUCCUAGGGGUAUUUCCAGAGCAGAAGAGAGUUUGGGAAGUGGACCAAAACCACCACUGAGAGCCAGAGAUUUCAUGGCCAGUAAUCCUGAACACUUGGAGAUACUGAAGAAGAUGGGAGUCAGUUUGAUUCAUCUGAAGGAUGGAAGAGUACAAUUAGUACAGCAUGCAGUGCAAGCAGCAAGUUCACUUGAUGCUGAAGAUGGCUUACGGUUCAUGCAAGAAAUGAUUGAACUCUCCAGUCAGCAACAGAAAGAGCAACAGCUACCUCCUCGUGCUGUUCAAAUUGUUUCCCAUCCAUUCUUUGGCAGGGUCGUCUUGACUGCUGGACCAGCACAAUUUGGGAUGGACUUAUCCAAACACAAAGCAGGGACAAGAGGAUUUGUUGCAACCAUUAAGCCAUAUAAUGGAUGCUCAGAGAUCACUAAUCCUGAGGCAGUGAAAGAGAAAAUUGCUCUGAUGCAAAGAGGCCAGUGUAUGUUUGCUGAAAAGGCACGAAACAUUCAAAAAGCUGGAGCAAUAGGAGGCAUUGUUAUUGAUGACAAUGAGGGAAGCAGUAGUGACACAGCUCCUCUCUUCCAAAUGGCCGGUGAUGGAAAAAACACAGAUGAUAUCACAAUUCCCAUGCUCUUCCUCUUCAACAAAGAAGGAAACAUUAUACUGGAUGCAAUCCGGGAGUAUGAGGCUGUGGAGGUGCUCCUUUCUGAUAAAGCAAAAGACAGAGCAACAAUCUUUAAAGACUUAGAAGUGGAGAAUAUGGACCAGAAAUUGUCUGAAAAUGAUUCACAUAAACAGAAUGCAGAAGAAGCUACUUCAGCAUCUCAGGAUGUUGGUGCAGUCAGUGAGGAGCCUGAAGAAGGAGAAAGCUCUGAUGUUACUGACCCUGAUUCUUUAUCUCCUGCUAAUGCAGACAGUGACAGCGUUUCCAUUUCAAAUCAGGAUUCCUAUGUCCCUGGAACCGAUGAGGCUGGUGCUCCGGAGCCAGCAUGUACGCGAGGGGAUAACCAGCCUCAGGAACAAAAGACUGAGGCAGAGUCAAAUUCCAAAGUUAACUGGGAUAAUAAAGUCCAACCUAUGGAAUCCAUAUUAGCAGACUGGAAUGAAGAUAUUGAAGCAUUUGAAAUGAUGGAAAAGGAUGAGCUAUGACUUGUAAUAAUAACUUAUUUGUUAGUAAACAAAUGGAGAACUCUUUGGGUAAAAGUGAGGCCCUGAUAUCUGAGAACUAGAAAACAUAAUCAGUAUUGUGAUGAGCAGCCAGGUUUCACCUGGAAAUUACCACAGAAAUCCAGCACACUCUCUUUGUAUUGUUUUAAUUUUUCCUGUUUAAAAAUGGGAAUGUGCAAUUGAAGCAUUUGUCUGGCUCCACUGCGUGGUGCUGUAACCCAGGAGGCUCCUUCAGGGAACGAGCCUGACUUCUGCAUUCCAGGCUCCGAGAGGUCACACUCCCUUGGUCUCUGGAAAGCAAAAGUUGAACGCAGUGGGGUUAACAUACCAUGUAACGGUUAUCGAUGAGAGCACUUGAAGGCAGUAGGUCAGCCACUGUUCUGGUUGGAGCAAAGGUGCUGUUACACUGAUUUCUACUGAGUUGAAAGCCUUCAUUGAUAGCAGCAGGUGAAAUUGUUUCCAGUUGUCCUGUCUAAGAGACAGCUAGAAGCAGUUUGAUGUUUGUCCCGACAUAUCAUACUGAGACAUAGCAGUGUUGCUCAUCACUCCUUCCAUCUGUUACCAUGAAGAACGACCGUGAUGACAUGUGAGUGUUCCCUUCAGCUCUGCUUUCAACUAGAGAAACUGUAUGAACCAAAGGCAAUGUGUACUUUGUAAGCAGGUUCCAUCAGGGAAACUAGGACAGCUUUGGGGUCUGCCAGAUAAAGGUUUGUGGUGUGUUGUGAAAGUUAAUGCUUGAGGUUAAGGUAAAGUGGACAAGGCAGAUGUUGUUGAGUUACAGGUAUUUCUUUUGGCCUUCCAGGUUGAAAAACUCAAUCUACCCCGAGAUACGGAAUCUAAACUGGCAAUAUUCUCUGAAAGGACACUAAACAGAACUAGAUCAGUUAUAACAAAAUCUUCCUUUUUCUACAAGUUUGACUUCUAACAGCUUGACUUUGUUGUCAUUCUUUUUAUAUGCAACUUCUAUAUGUGUGAUACUUAAGGCAAUGAGGCCAGUACCAAUAGUGAAGUGCAACAAUUUUGGCUGUUGGGUCCAUAGUUCAAAGUAUAGUGGCGUGAACUGCGAGGAUGACUGGUAUGUUACUCUGGGCUUCGGGAGUUUGUUACAGGUAAGUGUGAGUCCUAAUUUGUUAUCCCUAUUAUGAAAAACAUUAUUUAAAUAAAAAUGGGGAUGUUCAAACAACUGAGAGACAUUUUGACUGUGUCCAAAGAAACUGCCAAAAACUAAUUAACUUGAUUUAUAUAAACUGCUUUUAGUGAAUUGUUGUUCAAAGAAUUCUUUUAUAUUAAAGAGUAAAUUAACACUGCCUAUAUGCUGCACCAGGCUAAAAAUGAAAGUUUAUAUUCAUCUUUACAAUGGAAAGAAGAAAAAAAAAAAAAAAAAGCAAGCCCCAAUCUGAAUUGCACCUUUCAUUUAGCUGGUGAAAUUAUGCGUGCUGAAUAUGCAACUGUUAAUUAGUACAGCCAUACUGUAUGUAUUUAUGUGUACUCCUGUACAGUGUGAAUGGAGAAAUCCCAGGCAAAUGUUGUAUACAUGUAUACUUAAUGACACUUGCUUUCAAGAGUAUCAAAAUGCACAGGCACCUUUUGAGAGCAUGACAGUCAAUCAGAAUAUUAUCCAUAAACUGAAUGAUAACUUUAAAUCACUAGAGUAGGAGGUAAUUUCGAGGAGGAAAUGAAGCGGUAGUGGAAUAGUGAAUAAGUGUCCUUUUAAAUAAAUUAGCUUUUAAAUGUAGUUGUAAUUCCUUUGCACAAAUAACUGUAUGGAGGUUUGGACUGAAUGAGUAGGGCUUGAAGCAGCUGGGGUUUUUCAGUUGAGAAUUCUUUUAUUUAAGUUUUUUGUUAUGAGAGUUUCUUCAUGCAAGGCAUUUGAUCAUGGGAGCCUUUUAAGUGUCCUUCGUUACUUGGAGCCCCAGGCCGCACCCGAGAGAUGCUGCGCUCCCCUGGUAGUGCCCGGGCUCGAAGCGACGUGGCCAAGUAGAGUCAGCUGCAGGAUCAAAACCAUCAGGUCAAAAGUUUUCACUCUGAUAAUUCCUUUGAUCUGUCAGUGCUUAGUGCCACAAAAGGAGCGUUUUUGUUCCUUGCUCUUUGACAUAGACUAUAUCUUCAUACUUGUUAGCUCUUUUGAUGGAAAUAGAAUUAUAUUUAUAGCUAUAGGGGCCCUCUGGUCACUAUGUUAAGACUGUCAAUAUAGCAACUGAAGGUUUUCUUUUUUACUUGCAGAAAAUUUAGGUGUAGAUGUAAAAUUUUAUUAAAAUAUUCACUUUCCUUGCCAUCACCAGCUCAUUUUAACUGGUUUUUCCACUUCUGUUGCUAAACCAGCAGACAUUAGCUCUCCUUCUAAGGGAUUUCGAGUGAUCCCAGAACUCCAUAUGGUUUGAAGCAUCAUUUUGGCGGUGGCCUACCUCAGAUAACUGUUGCCUCCUUCCUUUGGGUUUUUUUUUGUUUCAGUUUGUUCUACUUUACCUUUGAAACCAUCGUGAGAGCCAUAGCUUUGUUUACAGAACUGAAUUGGGUAAGGUUGACCUUUUGGGAAAGAGGACUAAAUUGGGGGGGGGGGCAGUUUUAUUCAGGUUAUUUUUGUUUUGUAUUUCCUUAUGAGGAAACAGGCUUUAGUUUAACCUUUUCAUAUCAUUCUGGAAAUAAUUCAAUCUUCCGUCACUGUCAUCGUAAAAAGCGAAAAGAAUGUAUUCAUCAAAAAAAACAAAACCUUCUGGAGAGGGGAGUAAGUGUUCUUCCCAAAUUUCUAGAAGUCUGCUCCCUCCAUGUAGAAUAUUGCUUGUAUAUCAUUAAUCGGUAAUUGCCUCUUUCUUUGUAUAGUAUUGUACAUUUACUUGACUGGUAUUGAACACUGAAGAAUUCAGGAAUCACAGCUGGAACUAGCACUUAUUCCAUGCCAUGUAAUUCAGAUCAGCCAAUUAAUUUCUCAUUUGAUCUUAGAGGAUUCUUCUUAAUUGUUUACAUUUAUUGUUUCUUAAUGAAGUUUCAAAAUGAGCCCAGCUUUGGUUGUCCUCCUCCUGCUAGCGUACCUGAAGGCAUAGUGGUGGGCAUCAGUAAAUGUAUGUUGAGAGGUUAAAAACGGGACAUCUUAUGCAUCAGUCAGAACAUAGAAAAAAAACCAAACAAAACAUUCUGUGAAUGAAAUAUUGUAUGUUCAGAUUUUAUAAGAUUAUUUUUUUUUUAGCCAGCCCUAUUUACAGCCGUAUAUUUUCUUAUAAAAGAUGUCUAAUAACAGGUGCUGUAACACUAUUGUUGGGUUUUACUGUCUGGUGAUAAGUGUAUACAAUAUUUCUAAGGGCAACUAUGUACUGUGAUGUAAAAGUCUGGGCUAAAAUGUAUAUAAUCCAUGUACAUAAUUGUGUACUCAAUUAUAAUUGCUGAUUGUAAAGAAUUUAAUAAAAUGUAAAUAUUCUGGUCAA